AAUACUCAGUUUCGUCCCGGAGGAGUCUUGGUGCUGGUCUAGCGGAGAAUCGCUCAGAUCAAGAGGAUGGAGUUUGAUUUUCGCUUAUGCAUCGUCAUCUUUGUACUGAUGAUAAGCUGUUCGCAAGCUGCAAAAUUGCAGUACGGCAAAGUACGGAUUACCACGUCAAACCUCGAAGGCCUUUAUUGCAAAACCGUGUACUACCCGACAGCCUUUACGGGCUCUGAAAAAGUCAGAAUCUUCCUGUCUGUCAAUCAUGGUGACACAAACUCGUCACGUGUCCAUGACGUAACUUUUCCGUGGGUCGAUCUUGUGACUGAGAGAAGCUUUGAGGCCUGCAUGUUAGAGACGGGCAAAGGGUCGGGUGGAAACGCUACAAUUGAUUGGUUUGCUGUGCAGGGAUCGCAUCCCACAAUGCAACAGGGUAAUGUGGUGCUGAGCACGUGGACGACUGGGACUCAGUGCGUGACAGUCACGCUUCCAAAGCCGUUUGGUCACGGUUCCCCUAAAGUGAUGGUGUCUGCGCGUCACGCUGUGUUGAAUCGUAAACAAGACGCGGCCACACUGUGGUCAGAGGGGAGAGAUAAGUCGUCUUUCCGCGUCUGCAUGCGCGAGGCCCGGAUGUUCAGUGGAGGACACAAACGCAUCUCUGUGGACUGGGUAGCAUUUGAGGGCUUGUCCUCUGAGUUAAAUGUCACCGAAGCCAACAGUCUGACGUUUGCAAGUGGCCGAAACCCUUCUGAACAGGACAACUAUGCGUCAUGCAAGGUGAUAACGCUGAGCUUCCCGUAUUACACUCCCCCCGUGGUCAUACUGAGUGCUAAUGGUGACGCAAGCGCUCUUCCGUCUGACCAGUACGCGGUGUCCGCCUGGGUCGAGGGGUUAACAACCAAGUCGUUCAAAGUCUGCAUCAAGGAGCUUAUCGCUCCUAACAGCGCUACCCAGGAGGUGGCUGUCGACUACAUAGUGAUUGGAGAUAUUCAUCCCUGUCUGAACGUGACCUGCGAUUAUUUCGCGGAAUGCGAGGCGUUCGCUGCUGAUGAUGCCCAAUGUGUUUGCCCGAGGAAAUGCCCGUCUUACGUAGACCAAGUGUGCGCGACCAACGGAGAGACCUUCGACAACUUGUGUCGUCUCAAGAAACACGUUUGCCAUAUCAAAGGAAAUUUUACGUUCUAUCAUCACGGUAGCUGCACAGGUUUCCCGAUGCAGCAAGGCCGCCGUACCCUGCAUCGUGCGCCGGACUCUCAACUCGUCUGCGAUACGACAACCUUCACGCCAUACACAUUCUAUCCUGACAAGGACGUCAGCGUCAUAGCAACCGUCAAUCAUUGCAACAGCUCGGAUUCAGUCUCCGUGAUGGACGCCCCGGUCGCGUGGGUAGAGGCUCUUUCGCGGGAUAACUUUACGGUGUGCACCAUGUUCGCGGGUCGGUACGAGAAGGCGGGGUCAAAUCAAGCGACCGUUGAUUGGCUGGCUUACCAGGGCUCGCCCCAGUACGGAGUUACCGGAGAGGAAAGCUUCUCAAAAUGGUGGACUGGCACUAGCUGCAAACACGUGACUCUACCAACGGGAAAUAUCACUGAAACACCAACAGUACUAGUUACUGUCAAGCACAACCAUCGCAGGCUCAAGCGUGACGCGGCCAUGGCCUGGGUCGAGGGUGUUAGUACUUCCGGUUUUGAUUUGUGUCUUCGAGAAUUGCAGAAUUUUGACGGCGCCCAUCAGGAUAUUUCAGUGACUUGGAUGGCGUUUGACAAUUUGCACAGACCGCUGUUCAAAGAGCACGGGCGCAUUCCCUUCAGUAACAGUCGACCUCCACCAAAACAAAAUAAUUACGCCUUCUGCAAGAACCUGGCCUUCAGCAAAAGAUACAGUCACGUGCCUUCAGUUCUGCUUACACCGAGCAUCACUACCACAGGGAGACCAAGCGACGGCGCAGUAGCCUGGGUGGAGCGCGUGAACAUGACAAGUGCCACGAUCUGCGUGAAGCAAGUGUACACCAACGGCUACUUGCCCAUCACCGUACUCUACGCAGUGCUAUCAGACGUAUGUGGUGAAAAUUGGAGAUUCUUCAAUGGUUAUUGUUACCUGACCAGUAACACUUGCCUUUCAUGGAAGCAAUCAGAGAGCGCCUGCGCAGUCUUGGGCUCAGGUCUGGUCAGCGUCCAUAAUCAUGAAGAAAAUGUCUUUAUUCAGCAACAGCACAACGGCGAGAAGUCCUGGGUCGGGCUGAGUGACGUCACUUCUGAGGGGCGAUUCGUUUGGGCCGACGGAUCACCGACGAAUUUCACGAACUGGGCGCCGAACCAACCGAACGACUACAAGAACCAGGACUGCGUGCACACGCUCGGGGUGAAUUAUGGGUACAAGUGGAACGACGUGCAGUGUUCGUCAUGCCACAAUUACACGUGUAAACGAGAUUAUAACGAGUGCUCGGAGCAGUCUGACGAGUGUGACCACACCCUUGCCACAUGUGUGAACACGCCUGGCUCCUACGCAUGUGCAUGUCCUGCGGGAUACACAAACAAUGGGCAUGUCUGUGACGACGUGAACGAGUGCGGCGUCUCUGAUAGUUGUCACGUGAAUGGCACGUGUGUCAACACCGUUGGCUCGUACGGAUGCAUAUGUAACGCGGGAUUCACUGGAGAUGGAUACAGCUGUAGCGACGUUGAUGAGUGCACCCUGGGAACGCACAGUUGUCAUGCCAACGCGCAGUGCCGUAACACUAUUGGCUCGUAUUCGUGCCGCUGCAACAACGGACACUCGGGGAACGGACGGAGCUGCUCAGAUAUUGACGAGUGUGGAAUUGGUUCUCAUGGUUGCCAUAGCGACGCUAUCUGUAUCAACACCCCUGGCUCAUUCAUAUGCCGAUGUAAAAGAGGUUUUGGCGGCGACGGGAAGAUUUGCUAUGCUCCAUUCAAGUUUACUACUCUUGGCGCUAGCGGUCGUACCGGCCCAGUCUCUCUCGGUAGUCACUACCAGGGCAAGCCUCAUGAUGGUCACGUGACUCUGGUAAAUGGAAUCCAGCACUUGACCGUCGCUGUCACUGGAAAGUACCGGAUCGAGGCUGUGGGCGCAAGCGGAGGAUAUGAGUCAUCUCCCCUUCACACUAGAUCAUACCGCAGUCGAGGAGCGAGAAUAACGGGGUCAUUUGACCUCAGCAAAGGCGACGUGAUCAGGAUUCUGGUCGGACAAGAGGGCGGGAUCAACACUGGUUCACAAUGCUCAGGGGGAGGGGGAGGUAGUUUUGUGGCGAAGGGGAACACUCCACUGAUCGUAGCAGGAGGUGGUGGUGGGAUCGAUAUUGCUAAUGCCAGACACGCGACAUGUGACGCGAGCACAUCCACGAGUGGUAACAGGGGCUAUGGAGGCUCGGCCUGGCCGGGAGGGACUGGUGGCAAUGGUGCGACCACUGCGGACAGCAGUAACUCUGGUGGCGGGGGCGGGGGCUUCUACACUGACGGACGAAGCAGCUUACAAUUCGGAGGCGCUUUUGGCUAUGGAGGGGAGGGUGGGAAGGCUAUCCUAAAUGGAGGGGUGGGAGGACGAUUUUAUGGGAGAUUUAAUGGUGCAAUAUUUGGAGGAUUCGGAGGAGGGGGCGGAGCCUUUGGGAAUGGUGGAGGAGCAGGUGGAGGCGGAGGGUACUCAGGGGGGGCUUGCGGUGAUAAUGUUGGUCACUCAUGUGGAGGGGGUGGAGGUUCGUACAACAGCGGGUCGGACCAGCGUGCGGAGUGUUGUUUUAAUGACGCUGGUCACGGAUACGUGCAGGUCUCUCUAAUUGGUUAGAUAUUGAUUAGCCUGGGCCAACACAAGAAAUGAGCCAAGACAUCAUGUAAUCGUGUGAGAUCGACGAUCGACCCUUCUAUUAGUACUCAUUUGUAAUGACUGGUUAUAAUACUUUAAAGACAAUAAAAAUAAACUUGUAA